AUGAGCAGCGAAAGAGAUUCGGCUGUUGCUAAAGGCGUGGUACAUGGCCACAUCCACAACUUCAACAAUCUCACGUAUAUCCACGGUCAUGUCCACCGGAGAUCCUCCAUGGUCGACAUCGACAACGAGGCGGGGUCAGCUGCUGCCCCUCCUCUUUCGGAAUUUCACGACUCGUCCGUCGCACCAAUGCCCGCCAGCUCCAACGAGGUGGACACUGAAACCGAUGAUCAGGGCAUUUGCUCCCAAUUCCAGGACUGCCAGCAUUUCGAGUUCAUGAACUACCACAACCUCAACGUCUUCAACGAAAAUCAGCAGGCCAGCGCGCGCUCCGACGACCUCUUGGUCUUGCCGGAAAAGCGUCGCAGAUUGACCGACUGUUCCUGCCAACCGCGAGUGGUGAAAAUAUGCUGCGACGUUGACCACGAGUACGACGGGAAAAAUCACGCACCGGCUUUGAACGACGACAUUGUUCUAUUCACCAACGAAGCCAAGCCUGCACAGCUGCCGACCAACGCGGCUUUGCCGGAGUUCAUCAACUGUGAUCUCACAUGCGCUCCCCAGGAAAUGAGCGACGAUCGCAUGUUCGAAGAACUUUGCGAGCAGUGCAUGAACCUAGACGAUCAAGAAGAUACCUGCAUGCACACCCAUGACCACGCGCAUACCCAUUCCCAUAAUGAAGAUGAACUACUUUCGCACGACACUUCGUUUCACGACCACAUCAUCAACACAACAACGGAUCUCAAGAUCCUCGAAGAUCUCACUAGCAUUUCUAGCAUGUACGAUUUUCCCUUUGGCAAGCACGUCCACUCCGAGAUGCCUGGUGGAAAGUCAAACGAGUUGAAUUUAUUACAAACAACUGUAUCUGCAGUCAAAACUGAAGACGACGACAUGCAGCUCAAUAAGACCCAUCAUCAUCACCGAGUUGAGGUCCACCCUCACUCUGCCCCACCUGCUAAUGUUCCUGCGGGGUACAGUAAUGAAAGAGAUACUCAAGCCUCCCAAAAUUCUUCCAUGGAGUUUUCCAAACUCCAUCACCAUCUGCCGCCUAUCCCUCAACCUACAGACAUGACCAGAACCAACACGAUUAAUUUCAAAUGGGCUUUUAAAGAUGACCUCUCCAAAGUGAAUUGUCAAUGGGAUCAUUGUCCUGAAACGUGUGAUAAUCUCAUAGAUUUGCAAAAACAUAUUCUCAAAGAUCACGUUCUCGAUACACCUCUACCGAUAAUGCUCCCCACCCCGCAAGGGCAAUUCGACUGCAGUUGGGGUGAAUGUGAAUACUCUGGUGAGGAUAUUUGUUCCUUGGUUAACCAUAUAAAUGGUCAACAUGGUAUUGCAUUUGAUAUGAAAUUCGUUGAUCAACAUAAAAUCGAAGAACAAAGCGAACAGCAUCAUCAACUUCAUAAAGGAGAUCAACAGCCCGAAAAGAAAAGUCACAUUUGCAAGUGGGAAAAUUGUAACCAAGAGUUCUUAAAUGAGCAAGAGUUAAACAACCACAUCGAAGAAUGUCAUAUCUCUCGUGGCAAGUCCUCUUACAAAUGUAAUUGGGAUUCUUGUGGCAAAGUGUUCACUCAAAGACAAAAGAUACUAAGACAUUUGAAAGUGCAUACCAAAUAUAAACCUUUUGAGUGUCCGUAUUGUUCCAAAACUUUCUCUACAGAAGAUAUUUUACAACAGCAUAUUCGCACGCACUCUGGUGAAAAACCUUUUAAAUGCACUUUUUGCACCAAGAGUUUUGCUACAUCAAGCUCAUUGAGAAUACAUGUAAGAACCCAUACUGGCGAAAAACCUCUUCAAUGCAAGGUUUGCGGGAAAAGAUUUAAUGAAAGCUCUAAUUUGAGUAAACAUAUGAAGACGCAUGAAAGGCAAUAUAAAUGCAAAUCUUGCAAAAGAAGCUUUCAUAAAUUAGAACAAUAUCAGUUGCAUCAAAAUCGGUGUCCCUGCUGUGCCAGAAGGGAUUCCAAUCAUCUUAACGAGAAACAUUGA